UUCAGAACUGACAACUUUGUAACUAAAAAAUGAAUACUUAUAAUUCUCAGAUAAUUGUCACACUCUCUUAUUCAAAGUUUUUAUCACUCAUAAAUAAUCAUCUAAAAAAGAAAAAAAAAUAUAUUGUGACCUUCUUAUAAAAUGUCUAAACUUGGAAAUUGACGUGCAUUAUUUUGAUGUUUUCCAAUCUGAAGAUUGAGCGCUGGCGUGGACUUCCAGUUUUUGAUGCUUUUGAGGAGGCCUGGAGGAGGCUGUAGGUAGGUGCCGAGUUGGGGUUGUGAUGUGUGUAGUGUUGACAAAUGAAGUGAUGUAUUCGUGAAGGUCAGCGUAAAUCGUGUAAAUGGCAAUUCCGUGACAGAUGUUAUGAGUAUUGUGUUUAGUCGGAAAAGGUUGUCGGUUAUGUAUUUCAUUGCCUCUCUGAUAUAACAAUGGUGUUCAUGAGGCUAACUGGCAUAACUCAUCAGUGUCAAAUGUCAUUAUCAUGGAUAGUUCUAUAACUUGAAUGUCGUAGAGGACGAUUGUGGAGCGAGCAAAGGAAAUCCAAGUUAAAUUAUCGAACAAUGAAUUCCUGCAAGAAAACAACCGAAGCAGUGAAGAAUUUCGUGUUAUAUCUGUAUAGCUUUAGCUGGCUUUACCAUGAAAACAUGAAUAGGUUCAGUAUUACCAUAAUAUUUGCAUCUGGCUUUGUUUUUGCGAUAUCUAUCAAUUUUCUUUCUGAGUAUUUUAAUAUUAAGUGCAUAGAUGCACCAGAUUUUUCCCCCAAGAAAUUUUUUUCACCUCUACCAGAUGAAAGCCUGCAAGCAACAGAUGAAGGAACACUUGUUCUUCAUAAACCUGAUUCAGAAAGGGAUGUCAAGUCUGCAGAAGCAAGCAGUUCAGAAGCUGUUGGUUCACUUCAUGCUGCUUUGGAAAUGAAAAAAGCUGGAAAGCAUGACAAAGCUUUGAAAUUAUUUAAACAUGCAAUGGCUUUAGCACCAAAGCACCCAGAUAUUUUGAAUCAUUAUGGAGAAUUUUUAGAGGAGACACAGAAGGAUAUUGUUGCCGCAGAUCAACUUUACUUCCGUGCUUUGGCUUAUUCUCCAAGACAUUCAGGUGCUCUUGCUAAUAGAGAACGAACAGCUCGCAUUGUAGAAGAAAUUGAUCGAGGUACAUUAAGGAGAAUCGAUAGCAAAAGGGAUAGGCUCUCUGCAAUUCCUGAUUCAAAUGCUGCAUUUCGACGUGCUAAGAAGGAAGCAUAUUUUCAGCACAUAUAUCACACAGUUGGCAUUGAGGGCAAUACCAUGACUCUAUCACAAACUCGUUCUGUGGUGGAAACAAGAAUGGCUGUGGCUGGAAAAAGCAUAAUGGAGCACAAUGAAAUAUUAGGUCUUGACGCUGCAUUGAAGUACAUAAAUGCAACCCUGGUGAACAGGUUAGGUGCAAUUACUGUGAAAGACAUAUUAGAAAUACACCGUCGAGUCAUGGGAUUUGUUGAUCCCGUUGAAAGUGGCUCGUUUCGACGCACCCAGGUUUAUGUUGGAGGCCAUGUCCCGCCUGGUCCACAUGAAAUUCAGGUGCUGAUGGAGGAGUUUGCUCAGUGGCUGAACUCUGAACGAGCAGCUCGGAUGCAUCCUAUUCGAUAUGCAGCUUUGGCUCAUUAUAAGCUGGUUCACAUCCACCCUUUUACAGAUGGGAAUGGAAGGACAUCAAGACUGCUGAUGAAUACUAUACUUAUGCAAGCUGGAUAUCCACCUGUGAUUAUUUUAAAACAAGACAGACAUAAGUAUUAUCGUUACUUAGAAAUGGCAAAUUAUGGUGAUAUUCGACCAUUUUUUAGAUUUAUUGCUGAAAGUGCAGAACAGACAUUAGAUCUCUUCUUGUGGGCUACUAGUGAAUAUGCUACUGAAAUUCCUGCAAUAGAGCAAUAUCAUCAUUCAAGAACAAUUAUCAUUGAUGAUGAAAAUAAUGAUUUCAAUAAUUAUGAAGAAGACUAAUUUGACUGAUUUUAUGUAUUAUUUUUUAAACAAACGCUGUGAUUACAAUGUCUCAAUAACAUAGUAACCCUGCUGGCAGUGUUACUCUUCCCUGUAUGUAUUUAUAUAUUUAUUUCAAAUCCAGUUUGUUGCUGAAGAAUGAAUAAAUAAAUGUGUUAAAGAAAUUAUGAAUUAAAAUAGAUUUUCUGAAAUUUGUAUUCAUUCAGCGAGUCCCUUUCACUACGUAUGAUUGAAACACUUGAGUGUCUCUGGCAAGGUGUUUGGGGAGGUGGACAAGUCCCUCCUUCCUCAAUAUUUUGAAGUAUUUCCAAUAGUUUUAUUCAAAUUUCAUUUGUUUUUUAAGUAAAGACCUUACAAAAUAGUAAUGUAUUAUGCUGAUAGCAGUAAAAUUGAAGUUGCGAAACAAUAACAUAGUGUACACAAGUUUUGAUGUGCUUCAUUUAUUAAAAAAUCAUUAUGAACAUGCUUUGGAUAUGGCAGAUAGGUAGGGCUACCCUCAUGAGCUUACAUGCAAAUGUCUGUUUCUAAUUUAAAUUCGGUGAAACUUCGAUUUUAAGUUUUCCCGGAAUUUACAUUAUAAAAUAGUACAGGUAAAACAUCUAUAUGAGCAAUGUAAGUUUCUUUUUUCGAUUUUACGUCUGACUUGUGACGUACUACUGUGUAGUAAAACCCCCUUAUUAAGACCUUUUCACGACAGUACUCUUAAUUUGGACAGGCAUUCUGAAAGAAAAGGCGGCACUUUUGGGAAGGGUGGUGGAAAUACUACAUAUAAACGUUUUGUGUUUUGCUAUUUACAAAUUUACCCAAUACCGAAACUGCCGUACGUGGACGACAACGCGGAGGGUGAACAAACAUACCUCUCAGAUCAAUCCAAGGCAGAAUUCUUUGCCGACAUGCUUGAAGAGAGGUUUAUUAACAACACUACACAGGCAGUAGAUGAAACAGACAUCACCAAUACACUUACACAUUGUGCAGUAGAAGUUUCGACUAUUAUCCGCGCACGUUUUCUUGAGCCCUCGCUUCGCUAGAUGCGAGAGGAGUGGGUAGUGGUUGGUUAUUUUGAC